UUUAACUAUUAAUAUACGAGGAAGACAUAGAUUUGAACUUGGAAUGGUCGUACCGCUUGUCUCUCCUAGUUAGCCGGCCCUGCCAAAUGCAUAUUUAAUCAUCACUCUGGAUAUUAAAUAUAAAUGGUUAUUUUAUUAAAAAUAAAAAGUCUAUAAAUAUUUUAUUCCCAUAUUAAAAAUGAUUUUAGUCCACCUAAUGACAAAAGGCAAAGAUAUAAUACCUUUUUUGCCAAUUCUUUUUUUGAAUUUUUUCUGUCACAUGGAUUACACAGUCUGUAGUAAUAAAUAAAAAAGGUUUCACAUUUACAUAUUUACUUAAAUUACUAAAAAAAAAAUUUAAUUUUUUUUGAAAAAAUAUUUCAUUCUUUAAGACGAUGUGCAUGUUCCUCGUCCCCCAGUUUCUCCGUCUCAUUUAAACAGUGAAAACAAAAAAAACAACUAGAAAGAAUAUUCAGUGGUCGAACGAUGGCGUCUCUCAAAAUUCCUGCAAAUGUUCCUCUUCCUGAAGAAGACUCCGAGCAGCUCCACAAGGCCUUUAAAGGAUGGGGAACAAACGAGGGGAUGAUCAUAUCAAUCUUGGCACAUAGAAACGCAGCGCAACGUAGCUUAAUCCGUGCUGUUUAUGCAGCUAACUACAACAAAAACCUUCUCAAUGAAUUAGACAAAGAGCUAUCCGGUGACUUUGAGAGAGCUGUGAUGUUGUGGACUCUUGAGCCAGUGGAGAGAGAUGCAUAUUUGGCCAAAGAGUCUACCAAGAUGUUCACCAAAAACAACUGGGUUCUUGUUGAAAUCGCUUGUACUAGACCUGCCCUUGAGUUUUUCAAAGCCAAGCAAGCAUACCAAGCUCACUACAAGACCUCUCUUGAGGAGGAUGUUGCAUACCACACAUCUGGAGAUAUCCGAAAGCUAUUGGUUCCUCUUGUGAGCACCUUUAGGUACGACGGAAACGCUGAUGAGGUCAACAUGAAGCUGGCUUCUUCAGAAGCUAAGACACUUCACAAGAAGAUUACUGAGAAGGCUUACACUGAUGAAGAUCUCAUCAGAAUCCUGACAACAAGGAGCAAAGCUCAGAUCAUGGCCACCCUUAAUCACUUCAAGGACAAGUUUGGAAGUUCCAUUAACAAGUACUUGAAGGAAGAUUCAGAAGAUGAAUAUGUUCAGUUACUCAAAACCGCGAUCAAAUGCUUGACAUAUCCAGAGAAGUACAAUGAGAAGGUUCUGCGUAGAGCCAUCAACAAGGUGGGAACAGACGAAUGGGCACUCACUAGAGUUGUCACUACACGAGCUGAAGUCGACAUGGAAAGGAUCAAAGAGGAAUACUUACGCAGGAACAGCGUUCCUCUUGAUCGAGCCAUUGCUAAUGACACUUCUGGUGACUACAAGGACAUGCUUCUCGCCCUUCUCGGUCAUGACCAUUCUUAAAACAGCAUCAUCGUUUCAUUGUCUUUAAUAAAACAGCUGCAUGAUUGAUAAGUGUUCGUCGUUAUCUUUUGGUAACUGAUCCUUAGUUUUAUUGCAACAAUUUAUUCGGGUCUUGAAUCAUAUAAAAAUAUUAUUUAUCGUU